AUGCGGAUUCGAACAGGCGACUGGAUCACUCAACUGUGGACAUUUCAGGAGGUUGUCCUAGCACAAAACGGUGCGAUCCAUAUUGCUUUCGACAAGGAAGCAACAGUCAGUGUUAGCGAAAUCCAAAGAAGAGGGACAAAGCUCGCGAGAAUCUCACCGACACUCACCACUACGUACGGAAAGCGGGGCACCCUUUCAUAUCGACAAAUCAACAAUGCCGAGGAUGAGACUAUUGUUCUCGCCAGCGUGCUUGGGAUGGAUGUCGCCGCGAUCCAACAGAUCAACACGAGUUCGACGGACCGAGGAGAUAUCGCCAACAAGCGUAUGGCGAAGUUUCUUCAUAUGCUAGAUGCAACACCUGGACUUGGUAUACCAUCAGGUAUAAUCUUCCUUCCGGGCUCCAAAUUAUCUAUUGAAGGUUUCGAGUGGGCACCCUCGACAUGGCUCACGAAACAUUUGCACCCCCAUAGGCUAUUCGACCCUGCUGGACAAGCAGCCACACUCAUGAGAGAUGGCGCUCACGUGAGAUUUCCUGGUAUUCUACUGCAUUGUCCGAACAAAGCAGUUGAGAAACCAACGUUCUGGUUUCCAGUGCAUGAAAGCAUGCACAAAUGGUUCAAGGUGAAGGUCGACAUUGACCCCGAAGGCUGGACCCAAUUCUGGGAAGAUGCCAGCUGCUUGGAGAGCCCGGAACCUGCAAUCAUCAUGUGUAACGGAGAUACGCGAGACAAGUGGGAAGUCGGCGUACUGGUAAAGUCCAAAGGAUUUCUGAAAAAGGGCGAGAUAAGACACAUCGUCAGCGACUACAUCAUAUGGCUUUACUCCGACAAGGUGCCAGUCCAGCUAUACCAACAACGCAAAGAGGAUACACGCGAGAAGUCGCACGAAGAAGCGGAAAAGGUAUUCGUUCAGCUUGCAAGAGCAUACGACUUCGCGGAGAAGAUUAUCGAUAUCAAAUAUAAGAAUGGACUUGUGAAGGCUUUUGUCGCAGCCGUAGCAAGUUCUGGCUGUAAUAUGGGCCCAGAGAGUGUCAGCAUCGUCUAUGGAGGCACCCCUCCAACAUCUCUACUUCGACGGUUCUUUGCUACGAAUGCUGCGUACAAGGCCCAUGUCGAUUCAGAGCACGGAGUUGGCUGGUUUCAGUUUAUUGAAAAAUAUCCGAGGGAGGCAUUGAAGACGCUACAAAGGCCAUUGUGGGGAUACGCAGGAUACUCUGGGCUUCCUGUCCUCGCGUAA